AUGGCCGAAAUCCUAGUUGACCAAGCAACUCUCGACUCGGUCAAAGGCAAAGUGGUGGUUCUUGCAGGCGGUGCACAAGGCAUUGGUGCAGCAACAGUCACUCAGCUCUACCAGUCCGGAGCUCAUGUCUUCUUCGGCGACUGGAGCGAGGCUCAUGGCUCCAAGCUUGCGGAGCAGCUACGUAGUUCCUCGCCAGCUUCGGGAGGGAGCGUGACUUACCUCAAGGUCAAUGUGCGAGACUACCAGUCUCUCUUGUCGCUCUUCGACACGGCGUACAAUAAGCAUAAGCAAAUCGACAUGGCGAUCUGUUGUGCGGCGGUAUCUGAGCGCCCAGGGUAUUGGGAACCGGACAAGCUGAAUCUCCAGUCCGUGAGGGAGACACCGACCGGGAUCAUCGAUGUCAUCGACAUCAACCUCACCGGCACACUCUUCUUUGCUCGGCUGGCGGUGGCAUAUCUGAAAGAAAACCACAAUGUCGACCGGCAAAACAGCUCCCCCGAAUCCAUUGUCUCGUCGAAAUCCAUCACGUUGGUGUCGUCCGUGGCCGGCUUCAAAGAGUCGCCUGGCCUGUUUGCCUACUCGGCAGCAAAGCACGGCAUUCUGGGGCUCAUGCGCUCCCUGAGGCCGUUCUCUGCACCCGUGUAUGGGUUAAGGAUCAACGCUAUAUGCCCAUGGGCAACCGACACCCAACUCUUCUCAGGCGUCCGCCAGGCCUGGACAGAGGCCAAGAUGCCGCUCAACACGCCGCCCGACGUGGCACGGUAUAUUAUCCAAGUCGGGGCCGAUCCACGUACGCACGGGAGGGCGCUUUUUGUCAGCGGCGGCAACGCCGUCGAUAUCGAAGACGGCCUGAACCGCACAGAGCCUUUGUGGCUGGGCGAGCAAAACAGCCGCGAGUUGAAUCAAGGGCAGGUGAUUCUUGGAUUGGUGAGUCGCACUUAUUAG